AUGUUGUCGAAGCUGGUCACAGGUCUGCUCUGCGCCGCGGUGCUCAUCAACACGCUGGUCCCAAAUGACGCGGUGGUCUUCAAGUUCACCAACGUGGUCUGCCUGAGCCACAACGAGUCCUGGUUCGUGUUCCACCAGUGCCGCCUGAAGGCCAUCCGACGCGACCGGGUGCUGCUCAACAUCAACGGCACCGUCCUCCAUCCGGCGGAUAACAUCAGCAUCCACGCGCAGAUCUUCAAGAAGGCGAAUGGCUUCAAGCCCUGGCUCCUCAAUGCCAAGGUCGACGGGUGUCGCUUCAUGCGGCGCAACUACAACCCCAUCAUAGGCAUCAUCUUCGAUCUCUUCCAGGACUUCUCCAACAUAAACCACUCGUGCCCAUUCAUAGGUCCACAAGUUGUGAAGGACUUUUAUCUGCGGGCCGACAGAUUAAGGUUGCCCUUCCCAACUGGCGACUAUAUGUUGUCUCUAAUAUGGCUCUUCUACCAUAGGCCUCAAUUCGAUACAAAUGUUUCCUUCUCCUUCGUCGAAGAUCUUAUAAAAAGAAAUUAGGCAUUUACAUUAUUACAUUUUUAAUAUCUUUUUAGAUAAUUGUUUCUUGGCACUGAAAAAAAUUAAUGUUCCGAAUUUGAGAUAACUCAACGUUACAAAGAUACCAUUUUUCCCCCUUUUUACGACCUUAAAUUGAGAAAACAAACUCUUAUUUCAAGAAAAGUCAGCUCUAAAGCUAAGAUCAAAACCCAUAAAACAUUUACUAAAAUGGCUAAUUAUUUUAUCCAAGCUAUAUAUUUUCUUCGAGCAGUAUUUUCUUACUUUUAGGUCAAAUUCCAAUAUUUUCUAGAACAAAAAGUUAUAUAAAGUCGAGCUUAAAUUUAAGUAAUUGUGAUAUGUGGGGAGGGUGUCUCCGCUAGCUCAGCCAAUACACCCGCCUGGCAUAGCAAAAACUCACACCCCCUGCUAAUUGUUUUUCAGCACUGUAAUUUUGUAUU